CUCAUUGAGUUGAUCGCGACGACGAUGGCCGACUCGCCGUUGUUUGGCGCCGCGCCAUUUCCAGCAUUUUGAAGCGAAGAAUCUGUCAUUCUUUCAGCUCUAGAAACGCUUUUCCUUUGUCGUCUGAUCGUAAACACCUUCUACAAUAACUUCCGAAAUUCCUGAAGAGGUGCUGUUUUAGAACACAGGUAUUUCAAGAAUUUCUUUCCAAUUUUACGGUGUGCUAAUUUAUUGCUGACCGACUCGAGCAAAGGCGGGAAUUGCACUGAUCACUCGGGCAGCUGGUGCUUUCUCACGUGACUUCGUAGUGCGCAUGAUGACGAGGCAGAAUCAUUAUAAUUUAUUACUUACUAUUUUAUAUCAAAUGAGCUUUGAAAUUUCCUGCCAAACUUUCACUGAAGUGCAAGCUAAAGUUAAUGUUAAAAUAAACAUUAUAUGCAACAUAUAUAAUGUAAUUUUAUAUCGAGCCAUUUUCUUGGCUGAUUGUAAUGCGUGUCUCAGUUUAGGUAGAGCAGGGAAUGACACAUCGCUUAGGAGUCACCAAUCAGAGACAAGUAGGCGGGCUCUAGGUUACUAUUUAGUUUGCCUGCACUGCUAUUUUCGGCCUCUUUACCAUUCAGCAGCAACUCUACCUUUAUGUUAACUCUAAGUUUCCCUCCGCCUCCCCAACUCCAGCCAUAUCCCUUCUAAUUCGAUUUGCCAUGUUCCGGUUUUUUCGUGCCCUACCUUUGCUGAAAGAAGAACUGAAGGCAAAAACUGUCAUGUUUUGUAACACUUUUUUUAGAAAGCCUAACAUAAGUAAAGUCGAGAUUAUAUAGUUAUUCCUGUCCGUUUCUUGGUUUUCGCGAGAAAAUUUAGUUUGAAACUGCGUAUUUCUCGCUUUUUGGGCCUUUUCAUUGCGGGCCCGUAAUGCGUGUCAGCGGUAGGCUGUGACGUAUGAUAUGGCGAACACGGAUUUCGUAAACAAGAAGAAAACAAGCGACAUGAGUUGAAAGCCGUCGUUCUGUCGCGGACUUCCGUUGCUAUUUUCAACAUGAGUGGUGUACACCCAUUUCAGUUUGAGCCAACCUAUCCUCCUGGUGAAGAACCAGUUGAUUCGGAGGAAGAAGGAGACGAAGGGGACGGCGAAUUAGCCAAUUUUGAUGUUAGAGUUGGAAACAUCGAAUGGUGCAUUUGUGGGGGCAAUUGUGUUCCAAUGUCGACGGCCGAUGAAUGUUUUUGCUGUCAAGAAUUGGAGGCCCUCAAUCAAAAGUUCGACGAGUCGGGGGUUGAAUGCAUAACCGACCACGCAAAGUUUAGAAUUGUAUGCCUGGAUACGGACGUGCUAAAUACUGCCCUUGUUGCAAUUCACAACGCACGCUGUAAUCCCUUGCCGGAACCCAUCGAGAACAGAACAUGGCGUUUAGCAGCCUACCGUCAGUUUACUUGGUGGGUUCAUGGCGUACUGGGAAAAAAAAAACCGGCGAGUGAUUCCAGCGUGCGUUGUGAAAGCAAUUAGCAAUGAAUUUCCAGAGGAGAGUGGUGAAUAUGCCGGAUUCAAACCGGCGGAAAUCGAUUUAAAUUAAAUUUUCGAGACAAGCAAUCGUGGAUUUUAGCAUGCUUUAUUGAUAUUGAUUUCUACAAAUUUAUCAAUUGCAAAAACAGUACUCGUCUUUGGCUAAUACUCUUAUAUUGAUCUCUAACAUUAACCAGUUUUAUUUUCCAGUAGUAUACUGGUUCUUGUAAUUAUUUUUUCGAUUUUCAGCAAGUUGUUCAAUCCACCUUAGAAUUAUUUAUAAGUAAUAGCCGUGAUCAAACCCAAUAUUCCUGGUUUGUUUUGAAUAAAUUUUGAUUUGAAAUUUGAAAGAAAUGUAUUGCUUGCUGUUGUUUCCAAUGUAUAGAUUGGAUGUCAUGUUGGCUAAUACCCUUUUAUACUCUAAAAUUGAUACUCUUAUAUUGAUCUCUAAAAUUAACCAGUUUUAUUUUCCAGUAGUAUACUGGUUAUAAUUCGUUUUUUGAUUUCCAUCUUAGAAAUAUUUAUAAGUAAUAGUCAUGAUCAAACCCAAUAUGCAUGGUUUGUUUUUACUAAAUUUUGAUUUGAAAUUUGAAAGAAAUGUAUUGCUUGCUGUUGUUUUCAAUGGAUAGACAGGAUGUCAUGUAUUUAA